AUGAAGUGGACAUUGGUUUCCCUCGUGGCUCUUGCCGCCCCGGCCAUUGCAUCGGAUUGCCACUGUUUGCCAAGCGAUAGCUGUUGGCCUGCUCCAUCGGCUUGGGCCUCCCUCAACAGCACUGUUGGUGGCCGUCUGGUUGCGACCGUGCCAAUUGGUAGCCCCUGUCAUGAACCCAAUUACGAUGCUGCCGCUUGUGCGGCGCUCAAGGCCAACUGGAACAUGCCUCAGCCCCAUUUUGAUUCCUCUUCGUCGGUGAUGCAGACGUACUUUGCCAACCAGAGUUGUGACCCGUUCACCCCCAAGUCCCAGCCCUGCCGCCUCGGUAACUACGUGAACUACGCCGUGAAUGUCUCUUCUAGCGACCAGGUCGUUGCUGCUGUCAAUUUUGCCCGUGAUAACAACAUCCGCUUCGUUAUCCGUAACACCGGCCAUGAUUACCUUGGUCGUUCAACUGGUGCCGGUGCCCUCUCUGUAUGGACUCACCACUUGAAUGAUAUCGAGUACAAGGACUGGUCUAGCCCGACCUACCAAGGCCCUGCAUUUAAGAUCGCUGCGGGUGUGGUUGGCUACCAGAUCCUCGAGGCCGCAUCUGCCAAGGGCCUCGUCGUCGUCACUGGCGAAUGCCCCACCGUUGGUCUCGCUGGUGGCUACACCCAAGGCGGUGGUCACUCCGCCCUCAGCACCAAAUUCGGUCUUGGAGCCGAUAACACCCUGGAGUUCGAAGUUGUUACCGCUGCUGGCAAGCUGGUCAAGGCCUCGCGCUCCGAAAACCCCGAUCUCUUCUGGGCACUGAGCGGUGGUGGUGGCGGCAACUACGGCGUUGUCGUGUCUAUGGUUGUUAAGGCAUACAAAGACGCGCCUAUUGCCGGUGCCUCUCUUCAGUUCACCGCGGCUAACAUCACCACUGAUACCUUCUACGAGGCUGUUUCGCGGUUCCACUCUCUGUUGCCCGCCAUGGUCGACCAGGGUGUCACCGUCAUCUACCAGAUGACCUCGAGUGUCUUCAUCAUCAACCCAAUCACAGCCUACAACCAGACCACAGAUGACGUCAAAGCCAUCCUCAGACCAUUCACAUCUGCGCUUACCAAGCUUAACAUCAAGUACAAAGCCAGUGUUAGCCAGCACAAGUCGUACUAUGACCACUACAACAAGUACAUGGGCCCCCUUCCUGGGUACGGCGGACGUCUGAUUCCCCGCAAGACCCUGGAGCAGAACUCCAACGGGAUGGCCUCAGCGCUUCGCAACAUUACCCAGGCGGGUGUGAUCGCCGUCGGAGUCGGCAUGAACGUCUCAGCCCCGGUCAACGUCUCGAACGCAGUGUUCCCAGCCCUGCGCAACGCGGCAGUGACGAUGCAAAUUGGCACACCGUGGAACGAGACCGCGCCCUGGUCCCAGAUGCUUGCAGACCAGCACAAGAUGACGACCGAAUACGUGCCUCAACUGGAGGCCGUCACACCAGACAGCGGCUGUUACCAGAAUGAGGCUAAUUUCCGCCAGCCGAACUGGAAGCAGACCUUCUUCGGAAUCAACUAUCCCCGUCUGCUCGCUGUCAAGCGUAAGUGGGAUCCUUCGUCGUUCUUCUAUGCCCUCAAGGCUGUUGGCAGUGAUGUCUGGUCUGUGUCUGAGUCGGGGCGGAUGUGCCGUGCUUAA